UUAAGUGACGUUUACAUUGCAGUGUUUAUAUGGAGGAAGUAGAACAGCAAUACUUCCCUUUGACAAUUCGUCAAGUGUUAAAGUAGUACAAGUAAAUUCGAUUUUUUUCGAAUUCCUCUUCGAACACAAAAGAUAAUCAAUGAAAAAAGAGACACUAAAAUAAAAUGCGACAAAUAUAGUUGAUUUUUCUUUUCUUUUUUUUGGUAUGAAGAAAGGGAUAUUUUUUUUUCUAAUCAAAACUAAGCAGUAGUUUUUUUCGUCGAAGAGCAAUCGCAGCAGCAAUCAUUUCAAUAAAAAGUUUUAAAUAAUUUUUUCUCCCCCACAAUCAAUCUAUAACAGUAAAUAAAUAGCCAUUUGUAAAAUUAAAAAAACCUUCUUUGUAGAAGAUAAAAGUGAUUCGCAAUACAAACCAUCAGCAGCAGCUUGUGUGUUUUAACGUGCAUUGGAUCUCUUUUUGCCGCCUUAUCUUGAUUUGCGCCUUCAAAAACAAACUCUUUGGUUUUUUUGUUUGGACGUAUCUGUCGUUUAAAACUUCUACUCUAUACAACUCAUUUCGUCAUUUUGAUUUACUGCGGAAGAAGCACUAGCAGCGAGUGCUUUUUAUUCCAAAGUCUCUUCAUAGACGUCGUGUGUGUGUGUGCUUGUUGAAGUAACAAUAAACAACAGCAACAAGAUAUAACAAAUUUAUCGAUUGCAAUAACCCUGUUCAAAAAAUUGUACGUACGUGUUUCUUGUAUAAACUAACAACAAAAACCUCAAUUAGUUUAGUUGGGAAAUUAAUUGACAAAUAUAAAAGUAGUCUUAUACUUUGAUAUCAAGUACUUGGAAUAACAAUAACAACUAUGAACGGUAUGAAUAAUAGCAGCGAUGAUGUGGCCGAGUGUCCAUUGUGUAUGGAACCACUGGAAGUUGAUGAUUUGAAUUUUUAUCCGUGCACUUGUGGAUAUCAGAUUUGUAGAUUCUGCUGGCACAGAAUUCGCACGGAUGAAAAUGAAUUGUGUCCAGCAUGUCGUAAGGCAUAUCCGGAGAAUCCAGCGGACUUUACUCCUUUGACUCAAGAGGAAAUGGUUGCGCUUAAGUCGCAAAAACGACAACGGGAUCAGCAACGAAAGCAAAAAAUUACCGAAAAUCGUAAGCACUUAGCCAAUGUGCGUGUAGUGCAAAAGAAUUUGGUAUUUGUUGUUGGUCUACCACCCAGACUGGCAGAUGCCGAUGUAAGUGGAAAAAUUCUCAAGAGACAUGAGUAUUUUGGGAAAUAUGGUAAAAUUCAUAAAGUUGUGAUAAACCCUAGCACGGCGUAUGCAGGUGUGCAAGGACCUUCGGCGUCAGCGUACGUCACGUAUGUGCAUAACUGUGACGCUCUGAGAGCAAUACAAAGUGUUAAUAAUAUAUCAAUAGAUGGCCGACUGAUUAAGACUAGCUUAGGUACAACCAAGUAUUGUAGUCAUUUUAUGAAAAAUCAGCAAUGCCCCAAGGGUGAUUGUAUGUAUUUGCAUGAAUUGGGCGAUCCGGAGGCUAGCUUUACCAAGGAGGAAAUGCACCAAGGAAAGCACCAGGAGUACGAGAAGAGACUUCACGACCAACUGAUAGCCUCUUCUGGACCAAAUGGUGUGCCAGGCGAAGGUGGAUCGUCUACAGGAGGAAAUCCAGGAACAGGAGCGACAACAAAUGCUAUUGGUACUGGAGGUAUUCCUGUUAAAGACGCCUGGCCUAGCCUGUCAACGUCGCCAACCAACACUAAAGAGUUAACAAACGGCUCUGGUAGUAGCAGUAGUGGUGGUAAAAAAGAAAAGGGCCGUGGCAAAAAAUCAAAAGGAGAAAAAGCAAAGAAAAAUAAUAACAGUAGCAAUCAAAUUAGCAACAAAGAACAGCAAACAAAUAGUAAUUCGACACAGCAACAAAUUCAUGGUACGACGAAAGAUUCUGGUGGUCUGCUAGCAGAUGCAACAAAAUCUUUGAUUAGUGAUAAUAAAAAAAUAUCUGAUAAAUCUUCGCUGCAACAACAACAACAUCAACAACAAAUGGCAGGAGGAAAAAUUCAAAACGACACUAAAUCGAAUCAUCUAAGUGUAGAAGAUGAGAUGAAAUUAAUCGAAGACUUCGAAAAAGAUAAUGGUGAAGAAGAUGUUGAGGAGGAUGUCAAUGGAGACGAUGCUUAUGCUAGAUCAAUGAGUUCUUCAAGCAGCAAUAGCAGCGAUCACCGGGUAUCACCAUUCUUAAGCGAAAGUUUAACUUCUAGUGGCAAUAGUUCGCCAGGCAGCUUCCCAGAUCAUCACACAACCAAUACGAAUACAGAUCAACAUUUAGAACAACAUAUAAUUAGCAACAAUAUUAGCAGUAGUAGCAGCAGCAGUAGCAGUACCAGCAGUGGCAGCAAUCAAGACACAAACAGCAAGCUUUCAUCGUCAUCGUCAUCAGCGUCGACACCAACCAGUCCGACUGUUGAAUUAAAUCAAACAAAUGUAGUAGAAACAAAUGGCAUUGUUUCACCAACACCAACAUCAGUGGCCAUGUCGUCAACCGCCGCCGCCAUGACAGCACAGAAACUAACAAAUAUUGAAAAUAGUAGUAAUAUAAUUGAUACAACAGCUUGUCUCUCGAAAUUGAAUCUAUUUGAUGAUAAUAAUAGCUUCUUUUCUUCAUCGUCAUCGUUUCAACCAUUUCUUAAAGGCAAAUUGGAUACAGAUAUGCGUAACAGUCAGAGUAAUCAUCAUUUGAGCAGUGCCAUCACAUCACACCUACCGGAUCUACUCAAUGGAAUCGAUGGAUAUCAAAACAGCACAAUCAAUGGCACCGCUGCUACAACAAAUGAAGAUUGGGAGGACGCAUUCAAAUAUGUUAUGAUGAGAAACAGUAAGCCAUUGGAUGAUCAACAUUUACCACCCAAUCAACAACAUCAGCAGCAAUCGCAGGCGCAGCUACCACAUCAACUACAACAACUACAGCAGCAGGAAGAGUUUCUUCGAAUUCAAGAAAUGCAAAAACGUAAUUUACUCAAUAAUAUUGGAUUAUCACAAAUGAACGGACCACACGAUUUCCCAAGCAUAAGUAAUAAUUUCCAUAGCGGAACCGAUCUGAGCCGGCUUUCGCACACGGCCCUUAUUCAACAUCAAACACAACAAUUGUUGCAACAACAACAACAAGAUCGCCAACAAAAUGAUCAUUUAUUAAGCAACAAUCUAUUCGGUACGAAUAUGUCAAGGUUCUUUGAUUUCCAUAAGAAUCAACAGCAACAACAGCAACUUCAUCAGUUUGUGGUAAAUGGCCACGGUAAUAAUGGCCAGUUAAAUGACCACGCAAGAAUGGCUUCGCUGUUAGAAAAUAACCGAAUCAACUCACAGUUCUUAGAUCACACAAAUGGCCUUAUAGGACAACAACCGGUUCAGAAACAGAGAUUAACUGGGAAAUACGAUCCAAUGGUUACACACAAUCUCCUUGGAGGCGGUGUAGGCAAUAGUGUCACUCAACCACAGAUACCAGCUCAACAGGCCACAAAUUCUACACAACCACAAUCGCAACAGCAGCCCCAGCAGACGCCAUCUCGUCUUCUCAAUCAAUUCAGCACACACAAUUCAUCUGUGGAUGAUGAUUUAGGCUUUGAUCCAUUCAUUGAGACACAGAAAGCUUUAGCUGAAUUAAUGGAGAACGAAAUGGUCCAACAACAGAAUGCUGGCCACCAGAAACACAUGUUGGAUAAUGUACAGCGAACACGCAUGCCACCACCUGGUUUUAAUCACAUGAAUGCAUUUGGAUUCGGUGUUCCUCGGGCACAGAGUAGUAAAAUUCUACCAUUUAUGAAUAUGAAUGGUGGUGGACAGCAACCACAACCAUCAAUGCCGGCUCAGCAACAACCAAACAAUUGGAAUCCUCAUUUGGGACCUUUCCAACAACAACAACAACAUCCCCAUGAUCCUCAAAUGCAUAUGAGUCAGCAAAACCAGAAUGGUGGCAAUCAUAAUAAGGGUUACAGCAAUAUGUCUGAUUGGACAGCUAUGGAUCCAGCAAUACUAUCAUUCCGUCAAUUCUCUUCAUUUCCACAUCAACAACAGCAGCAGCAGCAACAACCCCCUCAGCAUCAUCCUCAACAACAACAGCAACAACAUACUGGACCAGAUAUGUUUAUGCAGCAUUUGACACAACAGAAUAAUCAAGGUUUUGGCCCACAACCACCCCAACACCAUGGCGUCAACUUACCAAAUAAUCUUUUAAAUCCUCAACAGAAUUCUCAAGCACAGGUAAAUUAUCCACAACUUGCUAAUUGGCUUAGUAACGAGCAAAAUCUAUUCAUGAAUAGUUUAGCAAAUGGAUUUGUAACUAAUAACACUAGUAAUAAUCCAUUAAAUGGUUACAAUGAUAAAUUCUCAAUUGCAAUGCCACCAGGUAUGCUUUCAAAUAAUUUAAAUACACAACAGCAAACAACUGAAUGUAUUAAUUAAAUUCAAAUAAAUAAAAUUCACAAAUAUUUAAACAAAAAUAAAACAAUAUCUUUUCAAAAUAUAACAAAAUAAAUUAAAAAAACAAAGAGAGAAAUGUUAAAUAUUUGAAUAUACAUUUUUACAUUUUUUUCGUUUCUGAUAAACCCAACACACAAAUAAAUAAGAAUAGAAAAAGGAGAGUUUCUGCUGCAUUAAAAUUAAAACAAAAAAAUUACAAAAAAUAAAAUUCCUUAAAGAAAAUUAUUUGCCAAAUUAAAAUUAAUUUUUUUUAUUUUUUGUUGCUUAAAAAAAAUUAUAUUUCAGUGAAAAAUAUGUAAAUGUUAUCUAGUUAUUUAUUUAUAUAUUUUUUUGUAUGUCUUGUGUUACAAUUAGCUUGUUUAUUAUAUUUUUCGCUUAGACUAAACUGUUAUUGAUAUCACACUUAUAAAAAACAAACGAAAAACUUUGGUUGAUUCAGUAAUAUCAUGUAUGCAAGUUCUUACUGCUUUGGAAUAUAUUUUAUUCGUAAUAUAUUGUUAGCCAUUUAAAAUUAAUAAAAUUCUUCUAUUUAUACGAAAUUUGUUGUUCAUUAUAAUUAUUUUGGAAAUAUUCCUAAAAAGUUCAAAGAUAAUGAAUAGGUUUGAUGCAACUGUUUUUUUUUUUUUUAAUAUUUUUUUAAAUUCAAAAAACUAAUGCAAAAAGUUUGCAGAAAAAAAUACUUGUGAGAAAAUUCAUUAGAUUCCACAUGAAAAAAAGCAUUUCACUAAAUUCUACGAGAAAAUUGUUCAUUUUUUUUGGGUGAGAAGCGAAGCAAUAACGCUGUUUUCUUAAAUUAAAUUUUACUUAUACUCCAAGUGUAAACAAUAGCAGAAAUGCCAAUGGUCUCUAUGGUCUUAUUAUAUAAAAGAAGUUAUUAAUGACGAUUCGUUGAAUCAGUGCAGAAGCAGUCUAAGUCGAAAAUUUCCAAUUUUCUUUUUUAUUGAUGAGAAGAAAGCCAGUUUCAAGACAUAAAAAUAAGAGUUAGCUACCGUAUAGACGUGUUUUUUUCGGCCAAAACAUUUUUCCUGUGAAUUUAGAUUAUCUUGGUUGAUGCAAGAUUAAAAAAUUCCGUAAGACCAAGGCCAAAGCUAAGAUUGUUUUUAAAUGACGCUGUUAGCUUGAUUUUGGUCAAAAUGCACAAAUGACCCAAUGAAAUAAUGUAAAUGUAAUGUGAUAAUAUAAAAUGAUUAGAAUUUUGAAUGGAGAGAAUUACCCUAUUGUGGUAAUUCUAAAAUGAGGUGCAUCACAAAUGCAUUUUUUAAAAUAAGGAUGUGAGUCCAUUAUUUCUAUAUUUUCGACUCAAUUAAAAAUGAAAUUGGGAUCACUAGGCAAGAAAUUAACAUCAGAGUUAUACAUGCGACAAAUUGUUGCAACAUUUUAUGCGGGUGAAUGUCAGAUUUGUCAGUUCACAAUACAUAGUUGUAUGUAGUGUCUUCAAAAUAUUUCAUAAAGUAGAUAUAAAUACAUUCAACCUCAUUUUUGACAUGUGUUUAUCGGCCUCAUUAUGAAUAGUGACAAAGAACUGAAAAGCGAACUCUAAUUUUGUAUUAUAAGUAGCAAGGUCGCAGAUUGCGCUAAAUUAAGUUGACAUUUUUUUCCUGACUUAUUUUUUUCCGCUAAAUUGUGACGAAUAAAAAAUGUUGGCAUGAAAUCGAUGUCGAGGGGAUCAUAGUCCCCACGUAUACGAGUAAUAAUUUUUUAAAUAAAGAAUAAUUCCAAAAUCGUGUACAUUACCGUUCCGUUAGAACUUAUUUGAAGUUCAACGGAAAUCAACGCAUUGUGUUAAGAAAUCUUGUCAUCAAAAAUUGUCUUAAUUCAAGUUUGUGUUUGAUCAUUAUGUAUGCAACGAUGCACCAGCUCAAAAAAUGGGAUAGUCUCAUUUCUUGUCUUGUCUUGAAAGCAGUGAGCAGCAUAUAAAAGAGCAGCUAUUUAAAGCUGCUUUUAAUCACUCUUUAAAUAGCAUUUGACGCGAAGUGGUUUGAAAUAUGAAUGAAAUAAUUAUAUAAAAAGAAAGAGACCAUUUUCAAUUCUUUCUAAUAAGAUGAAGGCCUGCACUGAAACAAAAGUAUUUUAAAUUGAACUUCUCUGUUUGUCAUUUCAUCAUGAAAAAUUUUUCUCCUUUCAUAUCAUCAGAUAUGAAAAACAGAACGCAAAAAAGCAGUGUAAUUUUAAUGCGCCGAUAAGAUUUUCUAAAAAAAGAGCAGUGAAAUUACAAAGAACAGAGCAUAGAACAUUUUUACGGUUCUCCCUGUUCAAUUGAUCUCUUUAAAGAACACAGCAUAUUUGAUUUGGUUGGAUUUUUGUAAGACUGAAGAUUGAGUAUUGAGCAGCUAUAUUAAAGAGCAAUCUCAACUGUUCUCUUCUCAGUGCAAGAGCAGAGUGAUUGAAAGCAGUUACUAAAAUAGCAGCCUCAGCUCUACUUGUCAGCCAGAGAAAUGGCAGUGAUUUUCUUAACGCCGAAUAUAUACUCAGAAAUUUGUAUUUAAACGCAAAUAUAAAUUUUUCUAUCAAAAAUAUUAGGUAAACAAGCAAGCAGUUUGUUGAGAACAUUUCAUGUUUUUGCGUUUUGUGUUUUUUUAUAUCUGCUUUAUCUAUCGAGCAGAUUUGUUUUGCUUUGCUUAUACUGCUUUUAAUAAUUUGGCUAUUUACUGCGCAAUCAAACGCAAACUUUGUUCCCAAUCACCUUUGAUGAAAUUUUUGUGAAGAUUAAAAAAGCAUAAUUCAGGUAUACUACAAAUGUUUUGGUUAGGAAUUUAACCAUUUAAUUUAACUUUUAGAAUUUGAGAAGCCUGUAUGUAAUAAAUAUUUUACUUAUGUAAAAUUCAACUAAUAUUAUAUAUGAAUAUAUAAAUAUUUUAAAAUUGCUUGCAUGCAUUAGAUAAAUGAUGGUUGUAUUUAUUAAAAUAUUAUUGAAAUCCUAGAAUGAUAUACAUAAUACAAAGAUAAUAGAUUAGCCUAAAUUGAAUUCAAAGAAAAACACGUCUAAAUUAUUUUACAUAUAUCCCAACAUUUUGUAAAAUAAUUUACAUGUAUUUUAUCCAUUCAAUUUUCUUUUAUAUUCAAAAACAAUAAAAUUGUUCUUAUUUUCAAAAUAUUUAAGAAAUUAUUUUGAAAAUAAAUCCAAUUUUCAUUAAAUUUUUUUGUUUGUUUUAAAAUAUAAAUUCUUACAAAAAUAAAUGCUAUCAUUAAGAUUGGACCUGUAGUCAAACAAAACAACAACAAAACUCUCCUUAUUCUAUUUGCAAUACAAUAUGCCAUGCAAAAAAUAUACCAAAUCAUUAUCCAAUACCCUACAAUAAAAAAAAAAGAAAAUCUAAACCAAAAAUAUACAAACAAACAAAAAAUAUCAAAAGUGUAUGUCGAAAAUAGACAGUUUUCUACCCCAUCACUGUACAUUUUAUCAAAAAAAAGCAACAGGAAAAUAAAUAAAUAAAAAUAAUAAAAAAAAAACAUACAAACAGCUCAUCAUAAUAUUUAAACAUUUAUUAUAAUAUCGUAUUAUUCAAAUUUUUAACACACAAAGAAAAUAAUAUUAAUAAUAAAUAUAUUAUACACAAUUAUUAUGAUGACACUUCAAAAAUUUUACUCUGUAUACACAAAAAUUCAAAAAAAAACAUACAUUUUGAAAAAAUGGAUAGAUUUCCGAAUGAAAUGUGUUUUCUUUUUCUUAUCUAUUAUUACAAAUUAAAACAAAAAAAGAAACAUAAAAUGCUGCUUGAUUAUUAAAAACAAAUUGAAAAAAAAACUAGCUUGGAAAUUUUUCAUUUUAAAAUAUAUAAAAAAAAAAAACUUAAAAAAAAGAACCUAGAUUGAAAAAUUGAUUGAAGAAAUUGACGAAUAUGAUAUGAAUAAAAAUUACUGCUGUUUGCGAAAAAAAAAUAUUUAUUCAAAAUAAAUUAUGGAAGAAGGGAAAU